AUGGAAGACUGGUGGGGCGGCUCUUUGUGGGAUCCACGUGAUCCAGCGUCUGGAAAGUUUUUUGGCACAGACUUCACUUGCGGAUCAAGCAUGCGUGACGUGCUGGCUGCGCUGCGACUGUCUGACGGUGAGAGCGAGCGGCUAGCCUUGGCUGUCACCGAAGGCGACCUUGUCGAGGCUGAGAGGCUUUUGGCAGCCUCUGCUGAUGUGACCCCUGCACUGCAUUUGGCGCUUCAGAUCGGUGCAGCCCCAGAGACCGUAGAGCUGCUGGCCGCCUGCUGCUCGCGGCUCAACGUCUGGCUGCCGGAGCCGGCCGUCGUGACGUGGGCACGGGCGGCCUGUCGCGCAGCACUUGGCGGCCAAAGUCUUCGUGGUGCCACGGCCAAGCUGGAUGCGCUGCUACUGGCAGGCGCAGACGUGAACUCCAUCGGAAGGGGGUGCGAGACGGCGCUGCAUAUUCUUGCACGAACUCUCCAGCUCUUGUGGCAGGAAUCGCAUCGAUACGCGAUGCACAGCAAGAGCCUCGCGCGUGAGGUUCAGGAGACUCAACACGAGCUCCACAAGCUUUGGCAUGACCUCGUUGCAAGAGGUGCUGAUUCGAGCAUGGCGGAUGGAGAAAGUUGUUCAGCACUGGAAAGGCUGUCUGCAUCGCAAUGUACGGACCUCCUUGUCUCGAAGAGGAGGACGUAUGCCAUGCGACGCUAUCAUCACGCCAGGCUGGGCGCAGGGAAGAGAGUUGAAGCAGGAUGGCAAGCGAGCACCGAGUGCUUCAUGGUUCCUAUGUACCACUGUAUUCGCUGUGUCUGA